UUUGGGACAGCUGACAAGCGGUACACAAUCAACGGCAAACAAAAACCGUCAAGUCACCUUUAUCACGAAAAACUACUUCCAUCUAUUCUCUCCAUUCUUUCCCUCAUCCCAUCCUAACAUGGCAUCGCAAGAGGAAAAGGAUUUGCUCAUCUCCCAGUUUCAGGGGAUCACGGGACAAGAUGUGGACCAAUCGCGGUUCUACUUGGAAUCCGCCGAUUGGAAAUUGGACAUGGCCAUGUCCAGUUUCUAUGAAAACGACGAUCAAGGGGCGGGGGGUGCUUUGCCGGAAGCCAUGGAUGCCGCGCCAGCCGCCGCUGCCCCUCCCCCCGUGGCUGCAGCACCUCCGACCAGUCGCCGGCCGGCCCGCGACACGGGUGGAUCGUCCCGCAUUGCCACUUUCGGUUCGCUCCGGGGCGCCAACCGUGAUUCAGAUGAUUCGGAAGAGGAAGGUCAAGCCUUUUUUGCGGGCGGGAGUGACACUAGCGGCCAACAGAUAUUAGGCCCACCCCGCAAGAAAGGCGAGGCCCUGGUUAAGGAGCUGUUCAAGAAGGCUCGUGAGGCUGGAGCUGAGGAGGUGGACCCCAAUGCUCCCGGAGGUUCUCGUGGUGGGGCGGGUGGGUCGUCGUUUUCUGGCACGGCUUUUAAACUGGGCUCUGAGACUAUGGAGAGCGAGGAAAUUCCUCCCCCGGGUGGUGCCCGACGGACGACAGAACCUCCCCGCGAAUUCACGCUUAAGAUGUGGCAGAAUGGCUUCAGUAUCGAUGACGGGGAACUCCGGGCGUACAACGAUCACCAAAACCGUGCAUUCCUGGCGGCUGUGAUGACUGGGCAAAUCCCGGAGGAACUCAUCCGCGAAGCCAAGGGUGGGGAGGUCCAUGUCAACAUGGAGGAUCACAAACACGAGGAGUUCGUCAAACCCAAAGUCAAAGCCAAGGCCUUCAGUGGUGCUGGUCACAUGUUGGGCAGCGUGGCGCCGGAUGUGGCUGUCGCAUCCGUUUCAGUCCCGGUGGUGGCAGCUGCUGAUCCUGCCGAUAAGACCAAAAAUGAGGCUGCGGCCAAAGAGCAAGUCAAAGUGGACGCGUCCCAACCCACCACAUUUAUUCAAGUCCGGAUGCAUGAUGGAAGUCGGCUAAAGAUUCAGUUAAACCAAUCGCAAACGGUGGGCGACAUUCGACGAUAUGUAACCAUUUCCAGACCCGAGAUCGCGGCUCAGACAUUCAUCUUGAUGACCUCUUUCCCCAACAAGGAGCUAACAGACGACCAAGCUACCUUAAAGGAUGCGGGUCUGCUCAAUGCUGCUAUUCUACUGAAGUUGAAAUAAUGAGGAGAUAUGCUUUUAAAUUACGAACAAAGAAAAUAAAUGUCCGAGUGCAAGUCGA